GUGUCAGGCGUCAGCUGAAAACAUUGCAGGUAGUGUUUACCAAAAGACGUUAUAAUGAUAGAUUCCAGAGGCAUUUGAUGUUCCAGACUGUCCUUCCGUUUCUUCUGCUCCUCUUAUUUGCCCUUGUCAUUAUGUUCAACCCCAGAUAAGAAGCUGUGUGAGAUGCCUUAGCAAAUCUGACAAAACCACUUGAGCUGCUGUAGCUCUUCUUGACACUUUGCUACCACCUUUUGCUGCAUGUCACCCAUUAUUUUCGUCAUCUCAUCAUGGACCACGCUUCUGAAGAGCUCAUCACAUUUAGAACGUCUCUUUGCGGGAAACUUUGUACAAUAUUAUAUGUUGGACUACGAGCAGUAUUUCGAUUUAUAAUUUGGACGCUCAACAACCUGUAUUGCAUUCCUGUUCAUUUUUGUUGGUUGUUUCUUCUUCAACCCCUGAAAUGGAUAGCCAAAGACAAAUACUGGUUCAUUGAAGGUAUCAUGUUUCGGUGGCUUUUGUCCAUGGUUUGCUUGUGGUCCUAUAGCACUGGAUACCACGUCGUAGAAGUUGGUGAUGACUUCCUGGACUUGAUAGAAGAAAGGACACUGGUGCUAUUCAACCACCAAUCUACAGCAGAUGUUCCACUGAUCAUGGCUGCUUUCAAUUCCCGAGAGGGGCUGUCCAACAACAUCAUGUGGAUUAUGGAUCAUGUAUUCAAACUUACUAACUUUGGUCUGGUUUCCUUGGCUCAUGGAGACUUUUUCAUUCAUGGAGGGCCAAAAUACAGAGAUGCCUCUCUUCUAGAGUUAGGCUCACACCUUGCUAAGUUCUACAUGCCACGUAAACGUAAGUGGUUAGUCCUGUUUCCUGAAGGGGGUUUCCUGAAGAAUAAGAUUCAAGCAAGUCAUCGUUAUGCAGAUAAAAAUAAUCUACCAAAAUUAAAUAAUGUUGCAUAUCCUCGAAUUGGUGCUCUGAAGGUGAUCAUGGAUGCUGCAGCUGCUGAUCAUCAUAGUGAUGGAAGUGAUAAGAUCAAGUAUUUACUUGAUGUAACGAUAGCUUACCCAGGAGGUCGCCCUAUUGAUUUGCAAACUAUUUUUGGUGGUUGGCGACCUAGUUGUGACACAGUUUUUUAUUACCGCAAAUUUAACAUUGAGGAGGUUCCAAGGGAAAGAGAUGCCCUAGAAUCAUGGCUAUUCCAACGUUAUCAAGAGAAGGAAGACAUCCUGCAGGAAUACUAUAAUACAGGCAGAUUUCCUGUCUUACCAACCCCACAUAAUCCUGAACAUCAACAUGAAAGUAUUCGGACCUUACCGGGGUCUAGGGUAGUUCAUGACCCCAUAGACUUUAUCCUUCGACAUUGCUUCUAUAUUGCCUCAACGUGGCUCUGGCUCCAAAUAUUUUAUUGGAUAUAUUUAAGUCUUAGUCGUCUUUUGUGGUGAUUCACUGUGAGUGUGCACGUUAAAAUUGUAUGAUGUGAAAGAUUGCCUGCUGUAGAUGUCCUCACAAUUCUUGGUUCAAGUUGGGUGUGCUAAUGAUAAUGCUGAUCAGUGACUAAUGGCCAGAAAUAGUCAAAAUUAAAACUAGUAUGCCAGAUGUUAUAAACAUUUUGAAGAAUCCAGAAAAUUUUAAAACUCACUAGUGUAGUUUGAGAGAUCUUUUAAAGAAGAUAAAUAGCUUUUGCCUUAAAGGGAAGUGACGGAAAGUUUCCCUUGUGUUAAAUGACUUUUGAGAAGUGUGCAAAUUUAAAAAGUUUGUACCCAAAGCUUGAUUUAGAAAGGCAUUUAGGAGGUUUUCAUGUAGAAGAAAUUUAAGGUGGCAGAAGAAUAAUUUCAUGUUUAAGAAUGUUGCUUAAAACUGUGUUUUUUUUUAAGAUAGAAAAUUGUUUAUUCACAUAUUGAGUAGACAAGUGCUGUUUCUAGGUUUUAAACAUAAUUGAUUAAUAAAUGAAAAGCACAUUGCUUUUAUUGAGGCCAUAAAAUAUGUAGAUUGUGACAUUGCUUAUUAAGCUAGCAUGAUCACCAGCCUUAGAUAGGUAGUAUAUGAUUGUAUGAAAUUAAAGAGCUGUUGUCACAGUUAGGGUCAUGUAAAAGGAGUCCUUUGAGAUAAUGGACACUGAACAUGAAGAAGGGCUAAUUUAAUAUGUAUUUCCACUUAUUAGUUACAUCUACUUGAACAGACAUAUGAAGCAUUGUCUAGGGAAUUAUAAAUAGUAAUGGGAAGGGAGAAAUUUUCUAAAUUAGUGUUGUGAAAGCAUAGAACAAUUUUGCUAUUUAAUUUUGUGUAUAUAGGUCAUGGUAGCUUUAAAUAUUUUUCAUAUUCUGGUACAUUGUACAAUGCUUUUCACAGCAAGUAUGACGUAUUUUGACAAUACAGCUGUAAUCGUGAUAAAGUAGUGCAUUUAGCAGAUUUUAUAUUAAGGUAAACAGUGAUUCUAAGCUUAAAAAGUUCUUUGGUUAUGUUGUACAUUCAUCGUUGUUGUACUCAUUGUAGAUAAUUCAUUUUUCAUUUCACUUUUGUUUAAAGAAUUAUUUUUCCCUUACAUUAUCUGUAGUGUUUACUAAUUUACCAGGGUACAUACCUGUAGCUAUGAAGGUAUCUUGGUAUAGUUGCUGGUAUACUUGAAAUACUAGGAUUUUGAACUGUCAUGUCCCUCCAACAUUAUCCCUGUGAUGUCCAAGCAGUUAUAUUCAGGGUGAGUAAAUUAAUGGCUAUUGGACUUUGACAAAUAGUAUAUUUUUUUUUAUCUUGCCAGUAUAGAACAAUUAUUUUUCAUCUAACUAGUAAUGUACUUCAAUGUUUUUUGUGUUUUUCUCCUGUCAUCACAGUAUACUUUUUUGUUGUGAGUUCUCAUCCCAUUAGAAAGUCAGUUGAUCUGGUUGGUGUUUUGUCUGCUUUUUUCGUCAUAUCGUUAUUUCAUCAUCAAAUGUUUGAUAUGUUUACAUUUAACCAUCUCAUCUUGAGGAGCUUUUCACAUAGGAUUUGCUUAGUAUGACUGAGGUUGAAUUAGUUCUUGCACACACUAUACAGGUACACACUGAUAGAUUGGGUGCUAUGGCUUGUAAAAAGUGAUUGAUUUCAGCUGAAAAUCUGCAGAAUGCUUUGACUUCUGGCAGUGCUUUUAGAAUUUUUACUUAUAUACAAGACAGUUUCUUUCUGCAUUGUUUGGCUACUGUGUAAGCACUUUUACAACUCAUUUAUUUUUCUUACUCGAACUUAUGACUAGUAUCUUGUUUUCCUGGAAAUUUCUUUGGUUAUGAACACUAAUUAAAUUGCCUCCUAGGUCAACAAGCUCAUUUUUUAUCACGUUAUUAAAGUAGAAAUAACUGAAAGAAUUGAAAAAUUCGGCAAGAAAUAUCUUUAAUAAUUUUUUUUUAUUUCUUUUUUGUUUAAUGGGCAACAUACCCAGAAUUUUAUGGCUUGUGCUUAUACAUCAGCAUUCAUUCAUAUUUAAUUUCUUAAUGAGCUUGCACUUGUUAGGCAGUCAUCAGUAGUUCUGUUGGAUGGCUAUCAGUUGUUAGUCGUCUUGGAAUUGAUUAUUGAUGGUGUGUAUUUGCACACACAAAAUAUACCCUCACUUUGUUAUCAUGAUGGUUCAUGAAUAGAAAUUGUCUCAGAAUUUUGUGUCUUACACUUAAGCAUUGCAGUGUCCGUAAGAAAUUCAUAGUUUAUUAAUGGUUGGUAUUCUUUGUACAUUUCGACAUAUGUUUGAGAUAUGUGGUCUAUGAUGGCUUUUAUUCAUUCUUUCAUUGUAAGUGACAUUAUCCAUUCAUUCAAAGGUACCACUGAAAAUUCCAUUACCCUUACAAGUCUUUUAUAUUACAAUUGUUUGCAUGUGUACUUUCUUAGUAGCCAUUUUUUGUGUCGUUUUAAGGCACACAUUAAGCGAUCAAAGUCAUGACUUGUAUGGCUGGGUAUUAUGGUGUUAAUGAGCAAAGUCUAUUUGUUGUGAAUGUUUCAAGCAAUGGUUAUUUUUCUAUAAUACUUUAUUACUUUCUAUGGGUAAUUUUAAUGGUACAACUAGUUAUGUUAUGACCUCAGUAAUUUAUUUCCUGUGUAAGUUUGGCAAGUAUUAUGUAUUUUUUAUCAGUAUUUUAAGAUAUGCAAUUUAAUUUUAUUCCAUAUGUGCUUUAUGGUUUAUUUAGUUAUAUUUAGUGAUCAGUUUACAAAAUCAUAUGCUUAGUUGAUGCAAGGAUUGAAAACCCCUCCUGCAUGAAUUAUGCCAUCUUAGUCCUUAAGUGCCAUCUGGGCCACUAAUAACAUACAGUGCAGCAGUUAUAGAUAAGAAACAGAUAUGAAAUUAUAUUGAAUAUAUAUAUUUAAAACCCCUUAUAUACAUUAAAUAGAAGAUCUAAGGUAGUUACUGGUACAUCCAAACUGUGGUUAUGGUGAAUAGUGAAAAGCAUAACCCUGACUACCCUAUGCAAAUGGACACUAAGAUGAUAAAGCAUAUAGAAUCCAAAGAAAUAAGUAUACAUUAGAGUUAGACAGAUAAGUGUGUAUCAAGCAUAAAGCACCAAGACAAUAUGACACUACCAGGCAAAGUGUCUUGUGUAAGACCUUCAUAAUUGGCUAGCCUUGCUAAGAUAAUAGUCACAAUCAAGUACUAACUAUCAUCACACACAAGCAGUUUAUGUGUAUCGUAUGUAUGUAUAUGUUUAAUGAAUGUUGUGUAUGAUAAGUAACAAUAAAAAAGCACACUGUCCACAUUAACCCUAAAAGAUAAAGUUAGGGCAAUAUGAAUAAAUCAUUGCUUUGUACCAAUUGCCCUGCUAUUUACAUUUUAUGAUGCACAUUUUUUCUAUGUAUAUACAGUACAGUGUAUUGUAUAUAAACAAAUCAUAUGUCCACUUCUAAUCAACUGGCUGUUGAGAAACAUUUACACCAUUCAAGUACUUAAAAAGUUCAUACCUUUCUCUCUCUCCCCCCUUUUUUUUCUUCUUUGGUUAAAGAACUAUCUUGUAAAAGAAUGUUCAACUUACAGUAGCAAUUAAAAAUUUAGGAAAUCAUAUAAUUUUUCAUAU